AUGAGCAUCAAUUGCUCACAAGAAACAUAUAAAAUUGAUAUUAGUACAAUCAGCAUUAAGUAUAUCGCGGGUGGAUGGCUAACAUUAAUAUUUUGUCUCUUUGGAACAUAUCCUGAACUUUUACAAUAUUUGAAUACACCUGACGAAUACAAUAAACGUCAAAUAUUAGCAAAUGCUUAUGAACAAUUUUAUGCACACGUUGCUCCAUUCACUACUCCAUUAUUAUCUGUGUUAUUGUUAUGUAGUACAUAUUUGACAGUUCUAGUUAGUCUUGAUCGAUAUUUAUUAAUUUGUUGGCCACUUCUUGCUGAAAAACUACGUACAUGUAAAAUUGCUAUACGUUCAGUUUUAGUAAUUGCUCUAGUAAUUAAUUUAUAUUGUUUACCACAUUGGUUUGAAUAUAAAACAUCUCAUAAAAAUACACAAGAAAUAAUAUCAAGAAAUGAAACAUUAUUAGGUAUCGUUAAUAAUGGUGGAUUAGAAGAUGAUGAACCAGACACAAAUUUAGUUGAAUUAACAUACACAAAACUGGGUUUCAAUUCUAUUUAUUUGUCAAUUUAUCGUUUCUAUUUGAAUAUUCCAGUCACAUUUGUAAUUCCAUUUUCUUUGUUAUUAUUAUGCAAUGGUUCAAUGAUACAUAAAUUGGUAUUAAUUAAACGCAAAAAACGUCAAUUGGGACAACGAAUGAGAGCGGAUAUUCGCAUAACUGUCAUGCUGAUUGUUAUUGUUCUUGUUUUUCUUAUUUGUCGUUCAAUUAAUUUAGUAGUAAAUUUAAUGACAAAAAUGCAACCAUGUUUAAAUAGAAACUCGUUACAACGUUAUAAUACAUGGGCUAAUUUAUUAAUUGCUUUCAAUGGUUUUUGUAAUUUUUUUCUAUUUGCCGUAUUUGGACAACGUUUUCGUGAAAUGGUUUUAUACAUCUUUUUUCGUCAACAAUAUCCUUUUCAUACGGUCGGUGAUUAUACAAGUAAUCGUUUUGGACAUACUACUACUCCUGAUGCUUCUCGUCGUCAAUCACGAAGAUAUUCAGCAAAUGAGUCUGAUCUAUUACAAACAAUCUCACGUCGACGUUCAUCAGCUACAAUGGCCAUAUUAAAUUCAGAUAUGAAACGAUAUUCACCUAAAACACAGCCAGAAUGGACAGCAAAAUUUCUUAAUAUACCAUCACCAUUUCCAUUUAACAAGAAAAAACCAUCAUCAUCGAUCAAUACAGCAGAUUCACCCUUUCUCGAUCAACAUCUACUAAGUGUAGAAAAUAUUAAUGAUGGUAGUGUUAUCAAUAAUAAUACACAUUUAAAAUUGCCUAUUGUGAUAAAUAAUUCUCACAGUCUAACACCGAGUCCAAGCUGUCUGAAAAAAAUGCCAGAUGAAGCUAUAAACAAAAAAAAUAAUAAUAAUAAUACACAUACAGCACCGACAAGUCAUCGAACAAUUAUGUUUAAUGAUCACAUUGAAUUUAUGUAA